GAUAACAGACUCAUCCAAACGACCACUCAAGGUAACAAACCCUACCCCCAUCCCUGCCCCCGCGUCGCUCCUCUCGGGGCGACUCGGGAGGCGGCGAACCCUAACCGCCGCGUUCCCCUCCCCUGCUCCUCCCCCCUCGCCGCUGCCAGAGGAGGUCUCCGGCGAAGCCCGCGCGCCUACCAAUGAUGGUGGCGGCGAGGAUCUGGCCGCUCCGGCUCUGCUAGGAGGGCUUCGGCUCACGAGGCGGCGGCCUCGGAUGGUGCGGCGGUGUUGGUUUGGCGGCAACCAAUGCUCGAUUGGUGGUGCUCUCCCUCCUCCUCGGCCGUGUGGACGGCGUGGCGGCGGGCGUUGGGCGCAGGUUGCACUCUCCUCUUCUUCUCAUCCUCUCCCCCCAUCAGACCUGGCCCCUGGCGGCCGCUGGUCGCCGGAUCCACUGUCGACGGGGCUGCUGGAGGGGUGGUAGCGGACCGGGAGAAAUCCCUGGCUGGAUUCCCGGCCACGACGACGGCGACACCUCCUGGUGUCGUCUUCCUCCUUGGAGGCGCCGUCGAGGUGCGUUUACCCCCUUCCCUCCCACUCUCAUGCCCGGGUGAAAACUCUAGUCUCUUCAGGCUGGGCGGCAGCGGCGUUUCAUGCGUCGUCAUCUUCUUGAAGGUGCCGCCUUGGGUGAGUUGGGGGUGUGCAGGGGCGAUGGGUGUGGUGUCAAGUGUGUGGCGGCUUUGCAGGAGGAGUUGGCGCCAUGGUCUUCUUGUUGGGGCAAUGCUCUGCUAUUUGGUUGUUCGUUGCCUGUCUUGUGGCUGUUUGUUCGCUGGCUCUCAGUGCCAUGGCAUGGACAGGGUGAAGAUAGGGUUCUUUCCCCGUUGGCAGCAACAGGGCAUGGAAGGCUUGAACUUGGUGCUGAUUCCAGCGGGUGCUGUCCUGCUAUCUGCAUUGGCUGCCUUGGCUCCCCUGCUUGCAAGUUCUUCUUCAACCUCGCUCAACAGCAGCUUCUCUUCCUUGGGUGUGGAUUACUGUGUCUUGAAGAGACUCUUCGUUUGGUGUUCUUAGCGCAGCAGGUGGGUCGUGCUGAGAAUCUCCCAUGGUGACCUGGAAGCUUGUACCAAUCCUUGCUCAGGGGAGCAUUGCCACUUGCCAACGGUACGGCGCCCUUCGAUCCAGGGCGAGGGGCAGGGGUCCCCUUCGGAAGUGGAGAGGGUCAAUACGAGAACGGCGUUCACCUAUCGAAGUAGAUGAGGGCAUGUCCAUCUUUGCUGGGCUGUAACUCCCCCUGAAGUUUGCUCUCUGUCAGGGUUAUGGUGCUCCACUCGCGCAUUGAAGGGCUUCGGCAAUAUCAAGCUAGUCUGUACUGUUUAUUUCCUGUUUGCUUGUUCGUGUUGGGGCUAGUAGGUUGUUUCGGGCAUCACCUUGUAUCUGCCGUCUUUUUUUUGUUUUCCUUUUUUUGCUUGUUUGCUAUGCUUCGUUGUAAUUGCGGGUGUUUGUAUCUCCUGGCCGGUUGUUGGCUUUGUUAAUUCAAAGCCGGGCUCUUCUUGAGCCUUCGUUCUAAUAAAAAAAAGGUAACAAACCCUCGAA